CGCCCACUCUUCGAUGCGGAAGAGGGAAUUUUGUAUAAAAAGUUCCCACUUGUGACUAUGAAGCGUUUGCUCGUAAAGGUUUGAUGAUAUUUCGUCAAGACAAACGUAGCAUAUCUAAGGGAUUGUAAAGGUAGACUUGUUCCACUGAACCAUUUCAUUGUUUGGAUAUCUGGAAAUGGCACGUUCCAUAAAAAAUAUUUCAAUUAUUUACGAUGCGAUUAAUCAGGAAAACACGUUUUCGUGUGGAGAUUUCAUAUCAGGACGUCUCAUUUUGGAAGUUCGCAAAGAAACUAAGAUCGAUUCUCUCUUGAUUAAAGCAAAAGGAAAAGCGAGGGCGUUGUGGACUGAACGCUAUGGUCAAGUAACGGUGGUAUAUUACGAUAAAGAGAAAUAUUUCACAUUGGAGAACUACAUCAUUCAAGAGGAAAAGGGUGACGGACAAGACUUUCAAACGCUGUUGACUGGGAGUGGAGAGACAUACAGCAACAUUGUGGUACCUGGAAUCCAUGAGUACCCGUUCACAUUUCAGAUUCCACAAGGGCAAGCGCCUGAAUUAGACAUGCCAUCAUCAUUUAAGGGUACUAGUGGCAAAAUUUUCUACACUCUGGAGGCCAAGUUGAGCAGAUCAAUGCGAGCGCCGAGCAAAACCAAGACAAAAUUCACCUUUAUUUCAAAGACUGACCCGCUCAUUCCUGAUCUGAUGGAACCCCAGUUUGGCAUUAAGGAAGAGAAGAUGAAAGUUUUCAAUUCUGGAAAUGUUGCCAUGAACAUCAGAACAGAAAGGAUUGGGUACCUGCAAGGUGAAGGGUUAAAGAUCACUGCCGAAAUAGGCAACAACUCCUCGCGCAACAUCGUGCCCAAGUUUCGUCUCUACCAGAAGCAGAGUUUCUUUGCCAGAGGGAACAGAAGGGUCUACACAAAGAAUGUCUUAAAGGAAGCAGGAGAGACCAUCUCUGCCUCCACACACCAAACGGUCACUAAAGUGCUGACCAUCCCUAACAGUGUGUGUCCCACGAUCCUAAACUGCAAGGUCGUGCAUGUGGAGUACAGGCUAAAGGUCUACCUCGACAUUCCAUUUGCUGCUAAAGACCCAGAGGUUAAGCUACCCGUGGUGAUACUUUCUGCCGAUUCUGAGUUUGGAAAGAUGGUGUCAAUAUGGCCCCCGUCAUAGGAGAGUCCUGAUUCUGUUCACGGAGAGGCCUGUACAAAUGCAUUUCUUCCAACAAAAGCAUGGUUGAGCUUGACUAGAACCUGUUAGGACAGUAGAAUCUUUUAAAGGUACAUGAGGUGUACCUACCUGAUUAUUAAAAAUUAUUAUAUCCAAAAUAUAUGCAUGAUUAUAAUUAUAUACCAAAUAUAUACAUUAGAUAUAUCAGAUACAUUAAACUUUCUCAGAUCAAACCAAGAAGGAUGGAAGUUAGGGAGGUGUGUAGUGUAACUGAAGUAAUUGAAUACUGUAGUCAAAAUAAUUUGAUAGUGAAAAUGGGAAGUGGGCUGCUUCUCAAUGCUAGCCUCAAAUUAAAAAAGAAUUUAAAAUUCACUUAGGUAAGCCAAUGUUUGUGUAGAUGCUCCUUGACAAUGUCAAACCUGGGAAAUUGUAUAAUACUGUAAAUAAUUGUGUAAUGACAUUUUUUAUAUUGUUUACAAACUGUAGACCUCAUUAUGUUGUUGAUUCUUUUCUAUCUCCAAUUCUUCAGAAUUUCUACAAAAGAAACCUCUAUUAAAAAAUUAUAUAUUUCAGAAUUAA